UUCUGUCGCACACGUAAACCGAAGAAGGCAUUUUGUCAACAGUGGGGCUGAUUGUCCUCAUGUAUUAAUAUCCUCGAUCGGAGAUGGUGCUGUCCUCCUCGCAGCAGCUUGUUAUGGCGUUCACCGCGGUGCUGCUGGUGUUCGUGCUCUUUCCGCGGUUGUUCGGCGGCGGCAGCAGCAGAGACGGUCAACCGUUCGACCCGCGGCUCAGCAAGAGAGGUCCUGGUCCCGGUCUUGGUUCUGGCAGCGUGAAAAGUCAGCAGCAGUUCCACAGGAACGCGGGGCCUCAGAUGUCCCAGAGUGUGGAGAACAUGCAGCAGAUGAAGAAACUCAUGGAGCAGGAGCUGAAGAGUGACAAAUACAAAUCCAACAACAAUAAGGGCUACGUCUUUACCCUCAUGCCCAUCUACGCCAUUGGUGUCGGGCUCUUCGCUGCCUAUAAGUUUCUAAAGAUAAAAUCGGCAAGCGAUUCUGAAGCUCAAAAAGCCAAAACAGCUCGAGGAGUGAAGAAAUCAGAGGAGACAGAGAAUCAGCUGAAUGAGUUGGAGCAGAGACUGGCUCAGACCGAGAAGAUGCUCAACUCCAUCCUGACCCAGCUGGACCCGCUUACCAACUGUGUGAAGUCUGUUGCCAUGGAGCAGAAGAGCGAGAUCAUGUCGCAGCUGCAGUGCAUUCGGCAGCUAAUGAAGAAGAGGGGCAUGGAGUGUCCAAACAUCAGGAUAGAAGAGCCAACAUGUGAGCGCAAUCUAGACAGACUCAUUGAGACUUUGGCCGCAGCUGAGGAGCUUCCAGAAACUCGUCUGGAAUCACAAACAAAUGCAGAAACGCAGCCACGUGAUCAGCGAGAGCUCAGGCCUGAGUCUGAGGGAGAGGAAGAGCCGGAGCAGGACGAGGGUGAGGAGAACAAACCUGCAGCAGAAGAGGAAGACGUGGGAAGCGAGAGUGACUCCAGUAUGCCGUUCCUCGAGGACUCGGCUGACAUCAGUGAAGAUGAUGCUACAGUCGCUCAAAAACUUCCAGAAGAUCUGACGGCUGGAUUAAGAAGACGUAACAGGCCUGAGUAACUGUGAUGAGAAUGGAACACAAAUCUAUUUAUAUAUUUAUUUAUUUAUUUCCUUGUAAUGAAGCGGUUAGCACUACUCAUCAGUUUCAAUUGCAGUGUGUACAUAUUUCACUGCAUUUGAAGUUAACAUGAAAUCAAAAUCCAUGCUGUUCACACUAAAAAAUCUCUAAAAAAAAAAAAAAGUCUUUUAUAUUCACCAGUGCUGCUUUUAUUUGAUCAAAAAUACAGUAGAAAAUGUGAAAUAUUAUUCCAAUUCAAAAUAGCUGUCUUCCAUGUGUCUAUAUUUUAAAAUGUAAUUUAUUUCUGUGAUCAAAGCUGAAUUUUCAGCAUCAUUACUCCAGUCUUCAGUGUCCUUCAUAUUUAUGUGGAAACUGUUACACGUUUUAUUUUUUUAGGAUUCUUUGAAUUAAAAAACAGGUUUCUUUACUGUCACUUUAGAACUAUUUAAUACAUCCUUGCUAAAUAAUAUUAAUUAAUUUAUUUUUAUUUUUAUUUUUGUAAAAUAAAACUGUAUCAGGGUUUCCAAAAAAGAUUAAAUAGAAAUUCAGCUUUAUCAUCAAAGGAAUAAAUUACGUUUUAAAAUAUAUUCUAAUAGAAAAGCUAUUUUAAAUUAUAAUAAUAUUCUAUGAUAUUAUUGGAUUUUUAAAUUAUUCUGUGUUAAUCAAAUAAUUAAUCACUGACACUAUUCCAAAGCAGAAAAUGUUUGUCGUCUUACUUUUUUUUUUUUUUUU